CUUUCUUCCUCCUAUUUUACUUUCCACUUUUGAUUACUUGGUUUUUGAGGUUAUGGUAAUUCUCUUCUCAUAAAAAAUCAUAAAUAAGUUUCUAUCAAUGCUGAAUUUUUUAAUGACUACUUUCAACUUUGCAGGUAAAAUGUCAGAUAUGAAACUGGAAAGAAGACUUCUUCGGAAACAGCAAACCCUUGACUCAGCAUUAGACGAUACUUUGAGUAGAAAAAAAUCAAGAGCCAUUUCAGAAACAGGUAGUUCAGUUGAGCUGAGAAGGUCAGCCUCUGGGGCAGGGAGGUCAUCUUCAGUAAGAGAGGAUUCUGAUAGGUCAUCCUUAAAAAGAGAGGAUGUAGGGAGGUCAUCUUCAACUAGAGAGGAUUCUGGGAGGUCAUCUUUAACAAGAGAGGAUGUAGUUAGGUCAUCUUCAACAAGAGAGGAUGCAGGUCGGUCAUUUUCAACAAGAGAUGAUUCUGGAAGGUCAUCUUCUACAAAAGAAGAGAUAAGUAAGUCAUCCUCUUCUAAAGAGGUUUCAGGGAGGUCAUCUUCAACAAGGGAAGGAAGAUCAACUAGGGAUGAUACAGGACAUCAAACCAGGGAAGAGGAGGUACAGGAAGUGGCAGAUUUUUUAACAAAUCUCAGAGUUGAUGAGAACGGUAUAAGCUGUAGAACAGGUAGCAUAAAAUACACCAGCAGCAACAGCAAGAGCAGCAUUAAGAGAAGCAGUAGCAGCAAACAAAGCAGUGUAACAUCUGAAGAUGCUGCUCACAAACAAAGAGCACAAAUAAGAAAGUUCCCAAGUGAUGAGUCUGAGCGGUCAAUAAGACAAAAGACAGAAAGACAAAUGAGUUUGGAUGUUUCGAUUUUAGGUGGAGCCAGAGUGAAAGACCCCCAGGGUGAGAGAAGUGAAGAAAGAAAGAGUCGGUGGCAGAUUGUCAGAGAACGAAGACGAUCUGAUGGUUCAUCUCUCAAAAGCAUGUUCAGACUGGGACGGGGUAGAAGAAUAUCAGAACCUGCUGCAGACACAGUUUCAACGCAAAGUCCACGAAAAAUUCAAAUGAAAACAAUCUCAUCCCUGCUUAAUUCCUCAACAUCUACAAUUCUUAAUGUGAGCAGCCAUCUUGAAUCGUCAGCUGAUUCUGACGUAUUUACCACUGAGAGCUCGCCAAACAUGAUGAAUGCGCCAAACAAUUCUACUGUCCAGUGUUUUUGUGGUGAUAUUAGCUGUCCAUUCUGCAAUCUUCUUCUAAACCUGGAGCUUACUGACCCAACUCUAUUGCAAUAGAAAUAAAAUUAAUUUUAAAACAUUCUAAAACUCUGUUGAUAGAUGUGAACGUUGGUUGAAAUGUAUUUUGAGCCUGAAACUUAAGACUGUUGUUAUCAUUACAUCAUUGAUAAAACUGGGUUUUAAUUAAAGUUAAGACGGACAUACGGUAGAUGUCAUAAUUAUUAAUGUUGGGUUCCUUUGGCAUUCUCGGUUUCAAAACAGGGUUUUGUUUAUCUCUAAAGUUGUUGUCCCUGAUAUUCUGUUGACUGGGCUAACUGCAUUUUUUAUGUUUCUAUUCUAAUAAAAACCAGAUAUCUAAUCCUGGUUGCAAUUGUAAUUCUUUUACCGGCCAAAGUUGAUGUAAUGUGAACGAGUUAAAUGGUAAAAUUUAUAUUUGAUGUUAUAUAAUCAUGUAGCUGUCUAACAUAAAUUUAUUGAUGUAUACUCAAUGUAUUUUCUUGUAAAAUCAGUAUUAAGAAAUGUGAGGACACAUUUUGAAAGAACAAAUUCUAGAGGGACAAAUACAGUAAAAAAAGAUUGACAGAAUUUUAAUCUUUGAUCUUUAGCUUGUCCUAACUACAACAAUUUCCUCCUAAGCUUGUAUUAGCUACGACACUUGGUCCAAAGCAACAUAUUCAGCGUGCACCUGUCCUACACACAACGCAUUUUAGUCUGUCCUAAAGAUUAACACUUUAGCCUGUCCUACAGAUGAACUUUGCCCUUCAGUCUGUCCUAGAUGCACCACUUUGCCCUUCAGCCUGUCCUAGAUGCACCACUUUGCCCUUCAGUCGGUCCUAGAUGCACCACUUUGCCCCUUAACCUGACUUUUAACCGCAACAAAAACGAUCAAACAAAAUUAUCAAACAUUAUAUUUUCAAUUGGCUCAGAAUAAAUUUUCUUUUGUGUUUUAUUUUAAGCUGAACCAUCAUACAUUAAUAUUUUGUAUUUUGUGUUUGAAAAUAAGUACUAAAAAAAAAAUCACCCCCUCAACCGAUCAGCUUCCCCAGAUAUGAGGCUUUCGAUCAUCAGUGGUUCUCCUCAGUUUGUUCUUUCUGAAUUGUGUUCUAUAUAUUGCCCUUCAAUAGCAAUUGACUUUAACAACAUGAAUAAGACCCGUCCAAAAUCAAACUUAAAUAUCCUUAAUAAUUAAUUUGACUUUAUUGGACCAUUUGUUACAAAAGAGCAAUAUUUUUAGUGAAUUUAAAAGUAAAAAGUAAAAUGUUUUGUGUAAUUUAGUGAAAAAAAAACAAAUUUUUUGUAUUAUUUUACAAGGGUUAUAUUGCCAAGAUUAAAAAAGCAUCACAAAAUUCAUGUAUUUUUCUAUAUAAGAUUACUUUUGAUAUUUCUUUAUUAAAGAUCUAUUCCUUCUAAAUCAAAAGAAUGUUGGAAAAAAUCCGAAAACCAAGUUGAUAAGCAUUUCUAUUGUAAUUGGUUUCAUCUUGCGACUGACAAAUGAAAUCUUUUUUCAGAAAAAAAAUAAUAAAAAUUAGAAAAGAAGUAAUAAGGACUAUAUGCACUAUUUCAAGUGAUCAUCAUAAUUAUGUACUGACAUUUCCGAUUCACAACGGUACCCUUUACAUCUUUACAUGAUCAACAAUGAGGAAAAAAUGUCGUUUUCAUAGCUAAGAAAGUUUAAAGUAUCUGUUGUCGUAGUGACUCUUGUAGUGAAGAGAAUAUCGAAUUUCUCAAGGAUACCGUUUUAAAUUGGACAUGUAGCUCAUGGAGGGACACUUGAAAUUAUGUUUAAGUACCUUUAAAGAUAUCUUAAACGUAUUUGUACAAAGUACAUUAAUGUCAUUAAAUAAAUGUUUUAUGUACAAUUUGGAACUGUUUAAAGCAUUGAUAUUCUUCUAAUAGAAUUGUUAAAUUCGGAAAUAAA